CAUUUAUUAUUUUCGUUUUUGAAUCAAAGUUCUUAAAAAUAAAUGGGAAGUGACGUAUAAAGGUAGGUGAUGAGGGUCGGUCCUCCCCGGGCGUGACUUUUUUUUUUCGGCCAACUGUCCUCUUUUUAUUCGUGGAAGUGGGUCGACGAAACUAUAGGACCAUUCGGGUGUCACUAGCCCCAGAUACUCCACUGAGUAUACAUCUUUCUUGUUUUAGAUACAGAAUAGUCCCGACUAUCUCAUUUUUUUUUUAUUAUUCGAAACACCAAAUCAAAUGACCAUAGUAAUAGAGUAGAGUAAAGAAUUAAAGCUUGUUAAAAUAUAAUUUCAAUAACAGAGUUCAUUAACUAGCUUUGACAUCAUUUGCAACCUGAAAUUUACGUGUAACUCGUAAAUGGUAUCUGUGUUUAUACCACGCUCUGUUAUUAAAUAGAAUUAUAAAUGUAUUUUUUCAGCAUCAAUUACGUUUCUACAAACAAAACAACGUAUUUAACUUUUGCAAGAUACAUAUUUUUCGUAUAAUUAAUUCUAACAGACCUGGAUAAUCCUAGACUACCGAUUAAAUUGUGCGUCCCCUGUAGUGAAUUCAAGUCUUUGCUUGCGUUGCUGCGUUCAUAACAGCCCGAAAUUCCAUGUAAAUCGAAAGUUAAUCUCAUCAACCGAAAGUAAUUAUUUGUUUUUUCUCCCUCAAUUAGAUGACAACCGUGAGAUGGCCCCUACGGUGAGCGCCGUGACUCUCCUGACCCAUGUUGUUUUGGUAGGUACGGUGGUCAGUGUCGACCCCAACGGAGGGCGUCCGAAAAAUGAGGUCACAGAGAUAGCAGGGGGCUUACAUAAGCCAGAAGCAGUUGCUCAUGGCCCGAAUUUAGAUGGCACUGACGACGUAAAUACUGCCCUUCCGGUGAGUCCUGGUCUUUAAACUGUAAUUCUAAAUAAAUUAUGUUGAAAUUAAUUUGUAAUGCCGAUAUUAUAUAUAUAUAAUAUAUAUAUAUAUAUAAUAUAAUCAGUUAAUGUUUGUGAUCAUUACACAUUACAGUGGUAAGCCAUUCAAAAGACCCUUCAACAUAUAAUUUUGUCUAUCCGUCUUCUAUUGUUGCAGUCUUUAAUAUAAUAUUCUGUACGCUCCCAGAUUCAACAUUAAUAUAUAACAUAUUUAUUACACAUUUUGUCUACGUUUCAUAAUAUUAUUAUAAAUAAAAAAAGUCCUUAAAAAUUAAAUUUCUCUCCAUUAGUGUAGGCUGACCAUAUUUAUACAAUGUCUUUUCAUAGAAUAUAAGUAUCUACAUUCAUAACUAUCAAUUUUCUAUUACGAAAUUCCACCAGAUCCAAAUCACCGACAAAGUCAAACGCCAGUUUUUAAAUCGCGGAUGGAUAUCCAGGGAUAAAAUUCGUACAUCUCGGCCAGUUCAUCGCCUUCGGCCACAAUCAGGUAUAUCCCCAGUCCAUAGCACAAGCUUGAACCGAUUCAGCACAUCUCGGCCAGUUUAUCGCUUUCGGCCACUAUCAGGUAUAUCCCCAGUCCAUAGCACGAGCUUGAACCGUUUCAGCACAUCUCGGCCAGUUCAUCGCUUUUGGCCACUAUCAAGUAUAGCCCAGGUCCAUAGAGCAGGUUUGAACCGAUUCAGUACAUCUCGGCCAGUUUUUCGCUUUCGGCCACUAUCAGGUAUAGCCCAGUCACAAAGAGUGAGCUUACACCGAUUCUUCAACAACAAGUACUUUAACUUUCACAAACAUUUAAAGAGCAAGUCGAAGACCAGGAAGAGGCCGAAAGCCAAACAAAGUAAGAAACCGAAACUAGAAGAUAACACCACUGAAAAUAAUAAUGAAAACCCAGGCAAAUGCACAACUGUAAACAACGUUGUUUCAAAUACCAUUGAACAUUUAGUAACGACGGCAAAGGCAACCGACUUGACAACACCAGUGACUACUGCAGAAAAAACGAAAGAGGUUGUCGUGAAUUUAACACCAGAGGUCAAUGAAGAAGCCACAUCAAACUCUCCAAAUGAGGAAGUGUCCUCAACCAUAUACAAAGUUCUAGCAGAAGAUGCCAAAACAGCAACACUGGACCCUCCAAACGGGGACUCGUCCACAACAGAUGCCCACACAGCCACAUCAUACUCUCCAAACGGGGACUCGUCCACAACAGAUGCCCAAACAGCCACAUCAUACUCUCCAAACGGGGACUCGUCCACAACAGAUGCCCAAACAGCCACAUCAUACUCUCCAAACGGGGACUCGUCCACAACAAUUUGAGACAUUCCACUAAAGAAAGUACUACCAGCAUCACCCUAGCAGUGACAGCGUAAACUACGACAACCAUUUACAAUCGUAAACGGCAACAAUUAAAAUCUUGGCUUUCCGUAUAACUUUUACCCCCCAAAAAAAUCCGCUUCAUCUGAUUUAAAUCAACACAAUCCAGACGAAAUAUCAAAAACAGUUUGUCUACGUCAAGAAAAACCUUCACCACACAUACAACAUUUAUUUUCUGAUUAUAUAUAUAAAUUUUAAAGUAGUAAUUAAAGAUCUAUUUGAGUAUAGUGUAUGCAGCUUUGUUCACAAACAAAUAAAGAAGACAAAGGUCUGAUCAAACACGGCUGAAUUUUAAAAAACAGUAAUUUUCAGAAACAAAGUCAUCACUCCGACUGGGAUCCAUUUUUUUUUUUCGACAGAACAACGCUAUUUUAGUUU